AUGGCAGCUCGACGAAGGACGCGUGCUGAGUUUUUUGCAGAUACCAAUAAUGACGAUGACAAUUAUGUACUUCCAGGUGAUAGCGUAUCUGUAGCAACAGGAUCGCAGCAUCACGCACCUAGUGUGUCCACUGUGCCAUCCUCAGUCCGUAUAGGAAUGAGCGCAAUGUCAAUGGGUGGUAUGACAAGCAGUGGCUGCCCUGGAAUUGACGAUGAAUAUCGCCAUACCCCUGAUGGGAAGCUAAUUUAUGGCAACACGCUGGUGACUUUGGACUCGCGUCAAGGAAGGUCAUGGUGCGUCCAAAAGAAGUAUGCAUUUUUUGGCACCGAUCACAAUGAUGGAAAGAAGAAGGUCUUCUGCAAUUUUACAUUCGCUAGUGGGCGCAAAUGUUUUCACAAGUUAGUCAGUCCUGAUAAGUCUACAGGCAACAUCAAUCGUCACUUGGCAAAUCAUCACAAGGUUUAUAAAGAUAGCCCAUCAAAAGGUGAAGAACCCAUGCAGACACCUGGAGCACUUGAAAAUUAUUGGUCUACAAGUGAUCUUGGGGAUAGCGUCGUUAGCCAAAGGUUCCAGAAUCCAAUUCCGUUUACCAAGGAGCGGUUUAGAGAAAGCCUAGUUCGCUAUAUUGUCGAAUCAGCAGCACCAUUUUCUACAGUCACUCAGUCAUCAUUACAACAACUACUUUUCCUUGCACAUGAAGCCCCCAGCCGCUCAUCGCUUCUACUACCAAGUCGCUCUACCAUAACCCGUGACAUGAAGGAGCUGUAUGACAAGUGCAAGAUCCAUAUCGCUGAGGAACUUCAAAAACAAAACCAUAUUGCAUAUACGAUCGAUGGGUGGACGACUCCGUAUAUGAAAGCAUCGUUUUUAGCAGUUACGGCGCACUGGAUUGACGAAAAUUGGAGGCAGCAUGCAGUAACAAUUGGGUUCGAGAAAAUCACAGGUGCACAUACAGGGCAAAACCUGGCACAAAUCAUGUAUCGCAUACUCGAGCAAUAUCAACUUACCAAUACCCCAUUCCAUAUCACCAUGGACAAUGCAUCAAAUAUGGACAAACUUGCUGUUGUUUUGGAAUCUCUACUACAAUGUCCCUCAGUGUUCACGGCCAAAUACAACCGCAUUCAUUGCAUUGGCCAUAUUAUCAACUUGGCGUCGCAGGCGGCAUUAGAAACUAUACGUGCUGAGUCCGAUGUUGUGGAAGAAGAUGAAGAGCUCUAUGACAAAGCUGAAAACAAUACUACGAGGUUAGAGUCUCCAGUAGAUAGGUUGCGCCAAGGUAUCAUUAGGAUACGUGGAUCUCCUCAACGGCGGGAAACUUUCCACAAUAUGGUCAAGGCAGAGUGUGAUGAUGAGGCCAAGACGCACCCUGAAUUGUUGCGUGAUGUACGAGUGCGAUGGAAUUCAACAUUGGCUAUGCUCGAUCGUGCCAUUAGCUUGCGUAAAGCUUAUGAUGGUUUUUGUGAACUCCUAACUACGGACUUUGGCCGCAACCAACUUGAUGAUGACGACUGGCAACUCAUUCGGUAUACGAAGCGAUACCUAGAUUCGUUCAAAGAGUUCGCUGAACUUUUGUCUGGUGACACCUACCCUACAAUCAACCUUGUUGUCCAAGCAUACAAUUGGCGCUUCAACCAUUUGGACAAAUUUCAGAUCACUCGAGCAGGAGAAGAAGAAGAGGAGGAGGAGAAUCCUUUGCGUUCAAUAAUGGAAAUCGAUGAGCCAGUGUUUGACCCCCACGAUAUGCCAUCUGAUUUUGUGCAUGCAACCUUUGAUAAGGCCGCCAGAGCAAGCUUUCAAGUGCUUAAAAAGUAUUAUGCAGGAACAGACCAGCCUGUAUUUGCAAUUGCCAUGGCAAUGGAUCCUACAAGCAAAUAUGAAUGGUGGGGUACUGCACGUUGGCCAGAAGAGUGGAUAAUAACAGCAAAAAAACAAGUGCAAGAUGCAUGGGACACAUGGAAAGAUUCGCAUCCAUGA